AUGUCCGUCCAGGAAAGCCUGGGGUCGCCUACGGCCGUCAGGCCCCGGCCGGGGAUCCCCCCCAAGCCGGCGGCGCCGUCCGACCCGGACGGAGGCGGCCGGCCCGGAGCCCCGGGGGGAAAGGUCAAGAACAUCGUCAACAAGUUCAGCAAGCCGGCCAAUGGCGGCGCGGAGCUCGGCCCGGGAAGGAGAUCCCACAGGCCGCCCACGAUCAAGCCCAAACCCCGCCGGACCAGCCUGCCGCUCCAAAUGGGAGCGGAGCGGGCGCCGCCGCUGCCCCGGAAGAGGACCCGCGGCCUGAGGAAGCAGAGCAGCGUGGGGGGCGAGGAGGGCGAGGGGGUGUGCGCCGAGGAAGAUCGAUCAGCGCCGGACGGGAAGGAGGGGGAGGAGCAGCUGGCGGGCGGCGGCGAGGCGGAGGCGGAGCGCGGGCCGGACGCCCCCCCGAGCCCCUGCUGCCCGCCGGGCUGCGGCUGCGCGUGCCACCUCCAGCGUCCCGGCAUGAAGCUGGCCUGGGUGCCUCUGGACUGGGAGGACAACGACCAGGGGGGGGCGGGCGGCGAGGAACAUGACUCAGAGUCGGAGGUGGAUGUAGAGAUUGAGACGGGAGAGGAGGGGGACAGCGAGGAGGAGGAGGAUCUGUACCGCUCGCCCGUGUUGGACGAGAGGGCCGAGGCGGAAAAGGCCCGGUUCCAUCAGACUCUGGAGGUGGCGAUGGCCGAGGGCCAGCGGCGGCUGUCCGACCCCGGCCCCCGAUCCGCCCUCUCCUCCCUCGUCGUUUCCCAGGGCCAGACUCCGUCCGUCCCCCCGAAGCAGUCCGCCUCGCCCCCCGCGGACCAGCAUCCCUCCCAGUGUGAGGAGGACAGCAUUUACGACAUGGCGCUCCCGACGGUCGACCCCCUCCCUAAACAAGUCCCCGGUGUUCCUCAGAUCACCGUGUGCAAACCCCCCCGGCGCUCCAAACUGCCGCACAGCACCUCGGACCCCACCUCGGACUUCGAGCCCGGCUACACGCCGCCCGCCGUCCCGCCGCGGGUCCCGCUGACCCCGGGCGGCCGCAGCCUGACGCCGGGGCCCCGGGCCGGCGUGCCCCUCCCCAUGCCCACGGCGGAGGAGCUGCGCUCCUUCCGCUCCUCCUCGCCCAGCAGCCCCAGACGGGCCCCCCCGCAGCCCCCCGCCGGCUCCCUGCAGCCCCACAGGGCCCCGCCCCCGCCGCCCAAGGUGGACCCCAGGAGGCUCAGCAGCGCCUCGGUGCAGUCGGCCCCCCCGGCGACGGGCGGAGAGGACGAAAAUGGAGGGAAUGAAGACGAGAAGGAGGACGCAGAAGUGUCCGUGGUCAAGAGGGAUUCCCUCAGGAGGAAGAUUUCGUCCAUCUGGCAGUCCCGUCUGCAGAAUGAACCCCUCUACCAGACCUACCGCGCCACCGUCAUCACGAAGGAGAUCCGCCGGCAGACGGUGUGCCGCAACAUCAGCAAGACCAGCGCCGACUACGCCAUGGAGUGGGCGGCCCCCCGCAACGGGGGCGGCCCGGAGGCGGCCGGCGCCGGCGGGGGGCCCAGGCCCAGCCCCGCGGCCGCCCCGGCCCAGAGCACCCUGUGGCAGGACCUCCCCCGGGUGCGGGAGAGCGGCGUGCUGGCCAACCUCUCCCACGAUCAGUGCAGAUACCAGGAGAGCAUGUUCGAGGUUCUGACAUCGGAGGCGUCUUACCUGCGCUCGCUGCACGUUCUGACCGAUCACUUCCUGAACAGCCGCGAGCUGGAGGAGACGAUGAUCAUCAGAGAAAGGAAGACCCUCUUCUCCAACAUCCUGAGGGUGCGCGAGGUCAGCGAGAGGUUCUUGAAAGACCUGGAAGAUCGCACAUUCGAGGACGUGGUCAUCAAAGACAUCUGCGACAUCAUCCACUACCACUCCCAGCACAACUUCCCCGCGUACAUCGACUACGUGCGCAACCAGAUCUACCAGGAGCAGACGUACACCACCCUCAUGAAGAACAAUGUCCAGUUCGCUGCCGUCAUCGCGCGGCUGCAGGAGUCGCCCCAGUGCCACCGGCUGCCCUUCAUGUCCUUCCUGCUGCUGCCCUUCCAGAGGAUAACGCGCAUCAAAAUGCUCAUCGAGAACAUCCUAAAGAGGACACAGGAGGGGACUGCGGAGGAGGGGACGGCCUCCAAGGCUCUGGCUUCUGUGUCAAAGAUCAUCGACGAGUGCAACACCCAGGUGGGGAGGAUGAGGCAGAUGGAAGAGCUGAUCCAGUUGUCUAACUUGCUGGAGUUCGACAAGCUGAAGGCCAUCCCGAUCAUCUCCCAGACUCGAUACCUGGAGAAGAAGGGAGAGCUGAUGGAAAUGUCCAAAGGGGCCACGAUCUUCAACAUGAGGGGGAAGUUCAGCACGGUGUACCUCUUCCUGUUCAACGACCUCCUCAUCCUCACCACCAAGAAGAGUUCGGAGCGCUACGUGGUGCUGGACCACGCCCACCGCUCCCUGGUGCAGGUGCAGCCCCUGGACGAGGACGUGACCAGCGGCAGCCCCUACGAGCACUGCUUCAACCUCACGCUGCUGGAGAACCACCAGGGACGGCUGAUGGAGCGCCUCUUCAAAGCCCCGUCGCAGUCCGACAUGCACCGGUGGCUGGCGGCGUUCCCCCAUCCCACCGGCACGGAGGCGGAAGACGACGAAGUCAUCUACGAGGACUGGGACUGUCCCCAGGUGCAGUGCGUGGAGCAGUACGUGGCCCAGCAGGCCGACGAGCUCACCCUGGAGCCCACGGAGAUCGUCAACGUCCUGCGCAAGACCAACGAAGGCUGGUACGAGGGGAACCGCCUGUCCGACGGCCAGAAGGGCUGGUUCCCCGUCGCCAACGUAAUCGAGAUCACCAACGAGCACGUGAGGAGACGGAACAUCAGGGAGCGCUACAGGGUCAUGAGGGCCGCCAGCCUGGUGGCCAGGAAGGCCCGCGCCGUCCAGUAGGAGCACGGGACGCCACGCGCCGGCCGAAAAGGACAACAACCGGAAACGGGUAUCAGGAAAACAAGGAUUCUGCGUUGGUUUCGGAGCAGCGAGGAAGGCUUGGUCCAACAGGGUGUCCGUCAUAAGCCAUCGUGUAAAUUAUUACCUUAUUUAUAACCUGCACAGCGCGAGGUUCGGCUCCUCGGCCACAGAGUGACUCACUGACUAAAGCAGGAUGGGGGGACAUCCCACUCCACAGAGCUCUGCCGUUCAAACAGGAAGUGCCACACACUGACACACACUUCUGAACAAGCUUGUGCGACUCGGCCGAGCCGUUCGGGAAAGCUGCCGUUGGAUGUAUUGUAAAUGCACAAAGUGUAAAUAAGGAGGGAAUGGUGUCUCCUUCAGCACUGGUACGUUUGGUAUUAAAACCAUUUUUAGUCAGA